CUCGUCACUAUGACACAGUUAACAACACCGAAGUGUCGGUUUUCCUACUUCUGACAGCGUUAAACCUUAAUUUAGCUUUAACUUUACUUAUUCGGUUUCUUGUGUCACGUUGUCGUCGAGUUCCAGGCAAACCGUUAACCACAAUUAACGGCAAGUGGACGGAAUACGAAAGCGGAAGAAGUUUAGCAUAGAGCAGCGGCAGCGGCGGCAGCAGUAGGUCAGUUAGCUGAAGUAGUUAGCUUGACAACUAGCUGUUACAACGGUAGCGGUGACAGGUCUGAACUCAACCGCAGCCGUCGAUCUGUGCUUCAGCCGGCUUUACUCUCACAUUCUGCACCGCCUGAUGAGAUGAGAGGGAGCUUGCCAUACUGAUUUUCUCCGAUAUGGUCGUGGAGCUGUAACCCGACCAAAGCUUUAAAACAAGUCCCGGCUCACAAGGAGUGUCAACCUUCAUAUUUGCCAACAUCCGUCAAGACUGCAGAAAUGCUGACUGACAACAGGAAGCGUCACCGUAGCUGUGACAGUGAGGAGGACCAGCAGCUGAGUCCUCAGGCCAAGAGGUCAGGAGGGGGUCCCAGCCUGCUUGUGUCAGAUUUGGACUCAGAGUCUUCCAGCAGUGACAGCAGUAAUGGGAUCAGCAGUCCAGAGAGAGCAAUAGUGGCCACCACCAGGCCAUGCAUACACAGCCAGAACAACUGCAUCUCCCAGUCCUCACUCAGCCCAAAGCCUGAAGACUCUGCCAGCUCCUUGCAGCACGGUUUCCAUGGAGACGGCAGCAGUGUCUCCUAUGACUACAUCAACAGAGUCCUGAGGGAGGCGCACUUCAGCAGUCUGCAGACCAGAGGACGUCCGGGCUCGACAUGACCGUGACCUGUGACCCCUUUCCUGACCUUUAGUCCCUCGCCCAUCAGUGCUGACUUUAGCAGCACGGUGGCCCCUCCUUGAAAGCCUCAAGCGACACACUCGGGUCAGGGGGAAGGGGAUGAUGUGUGGGGAGGUUUACAGAUUUUGGGCAUGAAGGCUCAUCCCCACCUUGCCAUGUACCAUUUGUGAAGACCAUAAGCACAUCCGCCUUUCCAUGGCCCAGCCACUGUGGUUUACUGUGCAGUAUUGAUGUGUAUGUGUGUUUGUGCGUGUGUGUGCGUGCGUGUGUGUGUGUGUGCACGCACCCUGUGCACUUUAUAAAGAGGUAUCAUUCUCUUAACAUGCGUGCGUUGAUGAUGCGUGGACAUUUUCAUUGGUGCUAAUCACAAGAAAAGUGUGAUAAUCCAAAGUGCUUGCAAAACUAAAUAAAGCGAAGCACUUUACUCAAUAACUCCUCAUUCUGUUUACUCUCAACCGGGGAAGUCAGUCGCAUGUUUGUGUCUGUGGAGUGGGAGUUGUCGAUGGAGGCCAACAGAUUAACUCCCAAAGAGCAUUGCCAAAACAAUCCUGUUAAACAACAUUUUAGGCCUUAUGUGUUUUCUCUAACCAAAGUGAUAAAGUUAGAUACUGUUCUUUGCAGGUAAUUUUCACUAUUUUAAUGAUUCAAGAACAUUUAGGUGUGGUAGGUCUGUGGGUUCAAGGUAACAGAACAGAGAAUCUUCAUGAGCCUCACCACCAAAAUCCAACCUCAGAUUAGACCCUGGCUAAUUAUAGAGCUGUGACAGCAAGCACAGGAGUCUGUGGCUCAGUCAGUGGCUCAGUCAGUGGCGUGCUCAGCGUAGGACUCCUAACAAAAAUAAGCCCUCGAGAAAAGGCUCUCCAGAUUAGUUACCAGGUGUUUACUUCUUUUAAACAUUCAACAUAUCGUGUGUAUGCGUGUGUCAUAAAGCCUGUCACCCAUACUGGUUUAUGGAUGGUUUAAUAUGACCAGUACACUGUGUUGCAAAUAAAAUAAGAUGUGAUAGUGAUUCAUA